AUGUUUUCGAAUUUCAAGAACUUGAUCAGACACGGGCGCACCGCCAGAGAUUUGAAGGAUAAUAAUGACUUGAGCACGCAAUCCUCCAACAAUUCGAGUGCUCACCACGCCAACAAGAUCUACGGCAAGAAUGACAAUGGCUCUCAGGCGAUGGAAAUAGACUUGAUCAAACUGGAACAAUCCGAUUCCACUGCCAGCUCUCAUCACCACAACCGCCACACUCAUCACGAUGGACAACAAGAGCACCACCACCACCACCAGCAACACCAACAGCACGCAGAGCAGCACCAGAAACACAAUCAUGAAAAAUCUUCCCGUCAUCAUCGGUCAGAUAACCACGACCAUCAUCAUCACCACCAUGAUCACUCCCAAAAUGCCAACCAACCUACUGAUCAGCAAGCACAUCAUGGACAGGGAACCCUGACUCGCUACGAGGAAGUGGCAACGCAGAUUUGCAACGAAGAGAGACAGGGCCGUUCAAGUGCCAGUAAGUACCCAGGCUUGGAGAAUUAUGAGGUGCUCGAGAAGAUGGGCGAGGGUGCUUUCUCUGUUGUGUACAAGGCUCGUCAUUUGAUUUCUAAUAAAUUGGUUGCAAUUAAAGUGCUUCGCAAGUUUCAAAUGGACCGUUCUCAGAAGCAGGCCGUCUUGAAAGAGGUCACUAUCAUGCGCCAACUCAAACACCCAAAUAUUGUUCGUUUCGCCGAAGUGAUCGAAAGCGAUUCAUACUACUACAUUGUCCAAGAGUUAGCGGUUGGUGGAGAAAUAUUUGCUGCUAUCGUGAACUUUACAUAUCUCAGCGAAGACUUGAGUCGUCAUAUUAUCUAUCAAGUUGCAGAGGCUGUUCGCUAUUUACAUGAAGAAGUUGGUGUUGUACAUCGAGACAUUAAGCCCGAGAACUUGUUGUUCCAGCCAAUUGCUUUCAGACCAUCCCUCAACCCAUUCUCUAAACUUCGUCGCUCGGAUGAUCCAAAGACUAAGAAGGAUGAGGGCGAGUUUGUCCCAGGAAUUGGAGGUGGUACAAUUGGAGUAGUUAAGUUGGCUGACUUUGGCUUGUCAAAACAGAUUUGGGAGCACAAUACGAAGACACCUUGUGGCACUGUGGGUUACACCGCUCCAGAAAUUGUUCGUGAUGAAAGAUACUCUAAAGAAGUUGAUAUGUGGGCAAUUGGUUGCGUCUUGUAUACUCUUUUGUGUGGUUUCCCACCAUUCUAUGAUGAGAGGAUCGAGACUUUAACUGAAAAAGUUGCUCGCGGAAAGUACACAUUUUUGGCCCCAUGGUGGGAUGAAAUCUCAGAUGAAGCAAAAUAUUGUGUUACUCGUCUCUUGACAGUAGACCCAAAGAAAAGAUAUACAAUCAAUGAUCUUUUGAACGAUCCUUGGCUUAGUAAAGCUAAGAAGCCAACCUCUGCGGUCGUGGAGCAAGCAAAGAGAGACAAGGCUACCCAUCCAGCAAGAUUUGCUGCGUACCAAAACGAGGCCUUGUACUCCCCAGCUGCCCUGGCGCUUCGUGAAGCCUUUGACAUCUCUGCUGCGGUUCAUAGAAUCGGCGAGGAAGCUGCUUUACAAAAAGGACUCAACGGUGUGCCUGAAGCAGUUUUGGAGGAAAGUGAGGAGUCAGACCUGUUACCCGUUGCUAAUACCACAGUGAGUGAUAUCAAUAAUGAUCCCAGUUUUGCUCUCAACCUAGGAGGCGCGUCUAUUUUGGGAAGACGGAAGAAUAAGGCUGUUGUUGCAUAG